AUGGCCCCAUCAGAUAAGGCAACUUCAGCACAACCUCCUUUUAUCUUUGUACAGGGCUCAUCGAUCAAAGAAGGAAGGAAUGGAAAAUUGGUCCGGUCACAAUUGGCCCGUCGCAUCAUUACGAAGAAGCGAUUGACGCAUCAAAAGGAACAGAUGCAAAAGUUGGAUCGUCUGCUGCAGAAACAGAAAGUUCAGUCAACCGAAGUGGUCUGCUUCUGCAGUUCUGAUGCUGCUUCUGAUGCUUCACUUACCUCUCCGUCCCUCCCCCACAAGUCCCUUCAAGACCCUGAGGAGCCAAAGAGCGCAAAUGUCGUGAGCCGCACCUUGCUCCCCAAGACCCUGGCGACGAUUGCUCUAGACACUACUCAAUCUCAUGAUGCAGUAGUAGCAAAACGGAAUCGCCCGGAGCCCCAGUCAAUACUUGGUGCAGGCAGGAUAGAUCCAUUCAUGGCCGAUUCGGAGAGAUUCGGCAUAUACUUCCAUGACGUUGCAGAUUACUGUCUGAAGAUCUUUUGGCCUCAUUUAAGUUCCCUUGGAUACGCCAAAAAAUACUACCAGAAAUGGAUAUAUGAAACUCAAAGCCCUGCUUUGACACACUCCUUGGUGUAUGCUGCGUCCGUCUAUCGGGAUAGGCUAUGCGAUGUAACCAAUCCCCUCAACCUUCGAGAGCAGCAGCGACACAAAGACCUGGCAAUCAAGUAUCUCCAAAGUGAGCUGACAGACUCCAGUCAGAAUGGCCAUGUUUCUGAUGCCCUCUUACAAUGCUUGCUUCAUCUAACGGUAUCGGAGAAUAAGCAAAGCUUGGCAGUCAAUGACCCAAGUGCCUUUACCACCCCAUUUGGCCAGAUACAAGGACUAGAUAUCUACGGCAGCUGUAAUUUUCAUCCCUUGCAUUGGGAUGCUCUUGUGCAGUGUGUUGAGAGGCGAGGUGGGAUCCAUACCGUGAAGCUGUGUGGAGUAUCCUAUUUUCUAUCUCUGGCUUCACUGUUCAACGCCUGUAUAAAUCUGUCGAGACCAGUUUUCCCCGUGCUUAACGCGGAGGGUCAACCGGUCGUCUAUAGCACCCCGUUGGAGAUGCUUCGAAUCCCAGAAGCACCCCAGCAUUUAAAUCAAGGGAACGGCGGAUUUCAUCAAUUAUGCUUAUUAAACCCUCCAGUCAAGAGAGACACGGUUCAAAUAUUUCUCGACCUGAGUGAACUGUCUCAGGUAAUACAGUAUAUGGCUAGCAGAACCGGCGAAGUGGUCGAUCUUGCAACAUUGGGAGAUUGCCGGAACCUAGUGCAACAUCAGCUCCUAGAGCUACCAGGACAGCCAGAUGAUUUGUCUAGUGUUCUGGAGGUCUCAAACGAAGGAGCCACAGCAGAGGAGACUAAUACUGUCUUUCAGAUUUACCUCGCAUGCCGACUAGCAGCCUUGCUGUAUAGUCUCCAUGCUACAUUUCCUCUUCCUCGAACGGCGCCCCAGCGCGAUCAUCUGAUUCCUGCCCUCCAGAAUUGCAUAUCUGGUAUAAAUGAACGAUAUGCAGAUUUGCGAAUAGCAGAAAUCCUCCUCUGGUGUGCGGUCACUGGAGGCGCCACAGCUUACGGCAGCAAGCAGCGUCUAUGGUUUCUUGGCGAAAUCAGCCGUUUGUGUGAUCUGCUGAAGAUUCACACUUGGGACCAGAUGCUUGAAUGUCUAGUAUCAUUUUCCUGGAUCGGAUCUGCUUGUAAUCAGGCUGGGCAAGCGUUAUGGCGUGAGGUAAAUAUCCUCUAUGAUGGGAAAAUGAGAAAUCGUGAUUCAUCUCAAAAUGAAAUAUAA